CGUGCGCAUCGUAGGCUUUGACGGCGACAAAAAAACACCCAGAAGCUCGAACAAGGCGCAUGGCGAUGCGGACGAUGUCGGUGGUGUCCCACCGCAGCAGCGGCAGCAGCGAAAACAGAGCGGGAGGUUUUUGGUGGUGCCUUACGCCGGCGACAAGCCCAAGUAUCCCAACCAUGCAGAGUGUUUUCGUGACACUUGGGAGUCGCUGUCGAAGUGCAACGUGAUCUUCAUCUGCGUGGACCCCGCGGACACGUCGGCGUGCGCCCUGGCCCUGUCAUCGGCAGUGGAGAGGGGCAGCGACAAGGCCAUCAUCAGCUUCGACCUCGGAAUCAAGAACCACAUGGCGGUCGAGGAGCACUUGGGCAACCACAACCUCGUGUUCUUGGGGGGGGCAGUAGGGAUCAGCGUAGCAAGGAGCCCCGUAGACGGCCACCUACGAUGCUUGGGGGGGGGAUCUCUGGUGCUGGAGCGGCUGACCAAACAGCAGUCAAAGCGCGGAGUGAAGUUCGUCAACCUCUUGCGAAGCGGCGGGAUCCCCGUGCUGCACUGCAAGAACGUCAGAUCCUACACGCACGGUGUUGUCAUCUUCAACACCGUGCAUGCUGCCGCGGCGCUGGCUGGGGGCCCGCUGCGAGACCUUGUGCGGGAUCGACACGCCCGGCUGCUGUGGGCAGCCAUGAUCCGUGAGGGCUUGCAGGCGCUGACGCUGGCGGCGAGAGGAGGAGAUUGGAGGGCCGCGAACCCUUGCUGUGGCGUCACCCUGCCGCAGCUCGAGCUGUUCCUCUGUCUGCCGACGUUCUUGUUCAGUCUCGUGAGUGGGCUGCUUCUCCGCUUCCCUCCGAUGCUCGCACCCGCGAUGCAGGCAGACUUGGCGGACGGGCGGGAUACGAGCGUGGCGUGGACACUGGAAGAGAUCGUCCGCAUAGAUCCAUAACAGUAAAAUCG